UCGCUCUCCUCUCCCUGCCUAUAUCGUAACCCUAACCCUACUAAGAACUCUUCUUCGAUCUCUUGUGGCAGUUUCUCCCGCCCGGCAUGGCUGCCGAGCGCCCGCGAGGAUCGACCCCGCGUCCGGUGAUCGGGAAGGCAGGGAGGUACACGGUGUUCAUCACCCCGCCGCCUGCCUCGAAGCCUUCCGAGGCCCCGAGAGCAGAGAGCGCCCGCCCUGCAAAGGCGAAUCCUUUGCUUGUCGAUGCUCUUCAUUCGCCGUUGCCGGUCCAGGUCCCGCCGAAGCAGUUCGAUAAGGUGGACGCGAAUUCGUCGGGAUCGGUGUUCGGGUUCUUCUGGGACGCCAUCGCGAGGGUCCAAGAUGCGCAUUCAAGCUUGGAUGAGCAUUUGGCAGACUGGUUUGGGUUGAACCAAUCGAAGUACCAGUGGGCAUUAAACGAUUACUAUGGGAACAAUGGAAAGGAGAAGGAAGGUUGCAAACUAAAACCAGUUACCAAACUGCAAUCUGUCUGAUUAGUAAAAGAAAAUCUGCUUGAUGAAAUGCCAUUUCAUAAGAACACUGCAAAGGAUUAUUCGCUCGCGAUCACCAUCGAAGCUAUAGUGCCUUACCUUUUUAUCAAAAUGAGGUGGUUCAUGAGCCUUUAAUAUGCCAGAGAUGGGAGUCAAUUACAAGUAGUUUUGAGUGCUCAGAGUUUCUUGAUUUUGAUUGCCCCUAUCAAAACCAGUCAUCUGAGACUUGAUCCAAAACAGCCAGCUUAUUUUUCCAAGUCCAUGCAUCGUAGAUUGAUGCAUAUUAACCUUCUACUUCACCUGAAUGAUGUUUUUUUCUUUG